AUGUCCGUUUAUGCUAAAUUCAUGAAGGAAAUGUUGAAUGGUAAGCGCAAGUUAAGGGAUGAUGAGAAUGUUGCUUUAGCAAAGGAAUGUAGUGCAAUUAUUGAACGUAAACUACCACCUAAGCUAAUAGACCCAAGAAGAUUUACUAUUCCCAUCUUUAUAGGUUCAUUAAAAAUCGGCAAGGCACUUUGUGAUCUAGCAGCAAGCAUAAAUUUGAUGUCGUUAGCUAUGAUGAGGAAACUAAAUUGUGGAGAACCAAAACCUACAAAAAUGUCUUUGACUUUAGCCGACCGAUUUGUCACUUAUCCCUAUGGAGUUUUAGAAGACGUAUUAGUAAAAGUGGAUGACUUAUUGUUUCCGACCGAUUUCAUCAUUUUAGAUAUACCAGAAGAUACCGAGACGCCUUUAUUGUUAGGAAGACCUUUUCUCGCCACUAAUAGAACAUUAAUUGAUAUGGAAAGAAGAUAG